CCUGCACAGAUCCAGGAGCGGAACAGCAAGAUUCAUCGUGAUGUUGUCUCGAGUCGCUGCGGUGAUUGUGUUGUGCCUGGGAUGUGUAACAGCUGCUCCAGGGCCCAAGGACGACAGCCUGAACCACUAUAUGGAUCUGGUGAUGGACAACGUUCAAGUCCUCAUCAUUGAGAACGGCUUCGACCCAACACCUUUGCCCAACGCUUCCGUGGGCUUCAGUGAUGUGGUGCUGGGAGUGACGUGGCACGGCGAGGCUGACAUGUAUAAUGGUUGGCUACGAGGUCUCGCCACCAUCCACCGCUCAGGCGACGCUGAGUUCCUGCGAGACGGAAACGACGUCGUCAACGGUAUAUCUGCUACUCUGAGCGUCGGGGAGAUGAAGGGCCACUAUGUCUUAUUGGCGCAGUUCAUGGACCUGGGGCCCAUCGCUGACCUGGUGAUGGACAUUAACGGUGCCGAUAUCUACUUCGAGGCCUCCCUUGACCGCUCCAGGUGUCGUUUCCACGUCACUAUUAUGGAAGUUACCCAUAUCGGAAGCAUCAGCGUCGACAUCACUGGACUGGGACUUCUGGAUUGGAUCGUGGAAAUAGUUGUUGACUUCGUAGUUAACCUCGUGAGGUCCUUCAUCAAAGACAUCAUUGAGGGGGUCGUGCAGGAUCUCACCAACGAGGUCCUGGACGACAUUGACUUGAGUAUACUGGGUCCCAUCAUUGGCUGUGACCGAGCUAACCCCUUCAUACAACCUGGCCGUCCAGUUGUUUCAUGAGGCGUCUUAGGCCCACUCUGACGUCAUCUUGGGCUUUCUGCAAAGUCGUGAUGAAUGUGAGGUCACCUUGUGCCCAUUGCGAUGUUAUUUACUGCCUACUAUGAAAAGUAGAUGCAUUGAAGCUGACAGUAAAGUCUAGGAAAUAA